UGUCAGAGGAGGAGCAAUAACAUCAACAUCCAGUGGCUUUGUGCUUCCCUUGUGUGUCCAGUGUGUCCACAGAGGUGACAGGAACAUGGACCAAAUGAAGACCACUCAUUCACGUCAUUCUGUGCACUCAAGAAUUUGCAGCCCCAUGACUCCAGCUUGAAGGAUCUGUGACCAAAUCAUAAUGGAGACUGUGAACACCAGCAGUGGCGCUGAGGCCGGCCUCUUCUCGGGAAGCCCUUACACUGCCGUGGAGAUUGUACUCAUCAUCCUGGUGGCGGGAUCCCUGAGUCUUAUCACGGUCAUUGGAAACAUACUGGUCAUGCUUUCCAUAAAGGUAAACAGGAACCUGCAGACCGUCAACAACUACUUCCUCUUCAGCCUGGCCUGUGCAGACCUCAUUAUCGGUGUCUGCUCCAUGAACCUCUACACCGUCUAUAUUGUGAUUGGCUACUGGCCGUUGGGAGCAGUGGUGUGCGACCUGUGGCUGGCGGUCGACUAUGUGGUCAGCAAUGCCUCAGUCAUGAACCUUCUCAUCAUCAGUUUUGACCGAUACUUCUGUGUCACAAAACCUCUGAGCUACCCGGCUCGUCGCAGCACCAAGAUGGCCGGCCUGAUGAUCGCUGCUGCCUGGGUGCUGUCCUUCAUCCUGUGGGCGCCGGCCAUUUUGUUCUGGCAGUUCAUUGUAGGUGGUAGAACCGUGCCGCCUGGGGAGUGCUACAUCCAGUUCUUCUCCAACCCAGCGGUCACGUUUGGGACAGCAAUUGCGGCCUUCUACCUGCCGGUGGCCAUCAUGAUCUACCUCUACUAUCGCAUCUCCAAGGCCAGCCGCAGUCGCAUGCAGAGGGACAGCAGGAAGACAUCUGGCACCAGUCUGGGAGAAGGUCACUCUCACAGUCAGGACGAUGGAGGCGAGAUCCAGAACAGCUACAUCCAGAAGAUAAGGGAGCAGCUCAGGGAGGCCAGACAAGCGAGGGAGAAGGAGGCGCUUCAACAGCAGCAACACAACGGAAGUGGUCCUUGCAAGGAAGAAAAGCCUGAUCAGGUGGAACCAGAGGGAGACAGCGUUCUUCCCUCGACAUCCACAGAAAACGAGGUUCCUGUUUCGGUGCUGAGGGGAUUGUCCGGCAUUAGGAAGAUCAACCAAACAGAUCCGUCUUCCAGGGCAACCUCGCUGACUGACUGCCAAGCUACAAGGACAAUGCUUAAGGUGACAAAGCAGAGCGCAGUGGCCAAGUGGCGAAAGAAAAGCACGUCCUCCCGGGAGAAGAAGGUGACUCGCACGAUCAUGGCCAUCCUGGUGGCCUUCGUGGUCACAUGGACACCAUACAACGUGAUGGUCCUCAUCAACACCUUUUGUUCCGUCUGCAUCCCCAACUCUCUGUGGACAAUCGGCUACUGGCUAUGUUACAUCAACAGCACCAUCAACCCAGCCUGCUACGCCCUGUGCAACACCACCUUCAAAAACACCUUCAAGCACCUGCUGCUAUGCCAGUACAAGAACAUACGAGCAGCCCGGUAAUGGCAUGCAUGGUAAAGUUUGUAAAAAUGUGCACAAAUGCGUAUAUUCUGAUGUACGUCCACAUUCAGUGGAAAAAGAAUUAAGCUCAUUGAAAAGUACGCUGGCAUCCAUAACUUCUUUCCCUGCAGUAUUUCCUUCUUGUGAGCUUUUGCAAUGUGAAUGUGUUGUGAUCAGCCCUACCACACAGUGUAACACUGUACUAUGAAUGAAGUGCUGUGGAUUAGAAUACAUCAUGUUGUGUGCAUGAGUGUGUGCAUGUUUCCUCUUUGUUGAGUAUCACUCAGAUUAUGAAAGUGUUGUGAAACUAGUCCGGGUGUAAUAUUUAAUACUGUAUCUGUAUGCCCCUCCUGUAUUGAUGUUUACUUUAAAGCUGAA